AUGUUGUCCUCCAGAAUAGCAAGAGCUCUUCCAAGAGCAACUUCUUCAGCGACACGAUCCUCAAUCCGCGCACCAUUUGGAUCUUCUUUUGUACGAUAUAAUUCAGAUGGCGGCGACAAGAAGAUCAAAGGACCAGUCAUAGGUAUUGAUUUAGGAACUACCAACUCAGCUGUGGCUAUAAUGGAAGGUUCAUCAGCAAAGAUUAUCGAGAACUCAGAAGGUGCUCGAACAACACCAUCAGUUGUUGCGUUUACUCAGGACGGCGAGCGGUUAGUUGGUGUUUCAGCAAAGCGACAGGCAGUCGUAAACCCAGAGAACACUCUGUUUGCCACAAAGCGAUUGAUUGGACGCAAGUUCACCGACGCCGAGGUACAGCGGGAUAUUAAGGAAGUACCAUAUAAGAUCGUUCAGCACACAAAUGGUGACGCAUGGGUUGAAGCUCGUGGUCAGAAGUACUCUCCAUCACAAAUCGGUGGUUUCGUUCUACAGAAGAUGAAGGAAACCGCUGAAGCUCAUUUGGCUAAGGGCGUGCAAAAUGCUGUCGUGACAGUCCCUGCAUACUUUAACGAUUCUCAGCGUCAAGCCACCAAGGAUGCUGGACAAAUCGCCGGUUUGAACGUUUUGCGAGUUGUCAACGAGCCAACUGCUGCUGCCUUGGCUUACGGCCUAGAGAAGGAUGAGGACAAGAUCAUCGCGGUUUACGAUCUUGGUGGAGGAACUUUCGAUAUUUCCGUUUUGGAAAUUCAAAAGGGUGUUUUCGAAGUCAAGUCUACCAACGGAGAUACCCACUUGGGAGGCGAAGAUUUCGAUAUCCAUUUGGUCCGACACCUCGUGCAACAAUUCAAGAAAGAGUCCGGUAUUGAUAUCUCCAAUGACCGUAUGGCCAUCCAACGUAUCCGUGAGGCUGCAGAGAAAGCAAAGAUUGAAUUGUCAUCUUCAAUGCAAACAGACAUCAACCUUCCUUUCAUCACCGCAGACUCGUCCGGACCAAAGCACAUUAACUCUAAGCUUUCUCGAUCCCAGCUUGAGAAGCUUGUUGAUCCCCUCAUCACUCGUACCAUCGACCCUGUCCGAAAGGCAUUGAAGGAUGCCAAUCUAGCAGCAAAGGACAUCCAAGAGGUCAUCUUGGUUGGUGGAAUGACCCGUAUGCCAAAGGUCAGCGAGUCUGUGAAGAGCAUCUUUGGUCGAGACCCAGCCAAAUCAGUGAACCCUGAUGAGGCUGUCGCUAUGGGAGCUGCUAUCCAAGGUGGUGUCCUUGCUGGUAACGUCACUGACGUUCUCCUUCUUGAUGUCACACCUCUGUCCCUCGGUAUCGAGACCCUUGGAGGCGUUUUCACCCGUCUCAUCAACCGCAACACCACUAUCCCAACCAAGAAGUCCCAGGUCUUUUCCACCGCUGCCGAUUUCCAGACCGCUGUCGAAAUCAAGGUGUACCAAGGAGAGCGUGAGCUUGUCCGUGACAACAAGAUGCUCGGAAACUUCCAACUCACUGGAAUCCCACCUGCACACAGAGGUGUUCCUCAAAUCGAAGUCACCUUCGACAUUGACGCUGACGCUAUCGUCCAUGUCCACGCCAAGGACAAGGCCACCAACAAGGAUCAGUCUAUCACCCUUGCGUCUGGCUCUGGUCUUUCUGAUCAAGAGAUUCAAAACAUGGUGGAUGAUUCCGAGCGAUAUGCCGAGUCAGACAAAGAGCGCAAGGCCUCUAUCGAGGCUGCUAACAGAUCUGACAGUGUUCUCAACGAUACAGAGAAAGCUCUCAAUGAGUUCUCUGACAGACUUGAUAAGACCGAGGUCGAUCAGAUCCGCGAGAAGAUCGCUACAUUGAGAGAGUUCGUUUCCAAGAGUCAGUCCGGUGAAGGAAGCGCGACCGCUGCCGAGCUCAAGGAGAAGACCGACGAGCUUCAAAUGGCCAGCUUGAACUUAUUCGACAAGAUGCACAAAGCACGUGCUGAGUCUGGCGAGGCUCCACCUGCUGGUGAGGCGAACUCAGCUGAGGGCGAGGCUAAGGAUGGCGAGAAGAAGCCAUAA